AUGGCUAUUUCAUCGCCGGAAUCAACCGACCUCGCCAACACCGUCUCUGCUCCGGCGGGUUCGGUGGAACUCCAGAGACUCCCUCACUUGACCGACUAUCUCUCGAAUAUCGAAACUCGACCCAACCCGCUUCAAUCCAACCCGUACUACCACCCAUCCCACGGCUUCUACAUCUCCGACUCUGAUGUCGUCUUCCGCCGCAUCACAUUCGAUCUCGCCCAAACCCCAAAUUCCGGUUCCAAACAACCGUCCUACCACCGGGCGGGCCCCCGGAAGGAGGUCGUAUUCGACCCGACGGGGGUUCGGGCUGCGAUCGUCACCUGCGGCGGGCUGUGUCCCGGGAUGAACACGGUGAUCAGGGAGCUGGUGAUUGGGCUCUGGCAGCUCUACGGAGUCCGUCAGAUUUUCGGGGUCGGCGCCGGUUACCGAGGGUUUUACUCCAGAGACCCCGUCGAGUUGAAUCCGAAGCUGGUUCAUAAUCUGCACAAGAAGGGCGGCACCAUUCUUGAAACCUCCAGGGGAGGGUUCGAUCUUGGGAAGAUCGUCGACGCCAUUGAACGCCAUGGAUACAAUCAGCUCUACAUCAUUGGCGGGGAUGGAACAAUGCGAGGAGCGGUGAAGAUAUUCAACGAAAUCCGCCGCAGGAAGCUGAACAUAGGGGUGACCGGAAUCCCCAAGACGGUCGACAACGACAUAGGGAUCAUAGACCGAUCCUUCGGCUUCCAGACCGCGGUCGAGAUGGCCCAGCAAGCCAUCGCCGCGGGCCACGUGGAAGCGGAGAGCGGUGUCAAUGGCAUAGGCCUAGUCAAGCUCAUGGGCAGAAGCACAGGCCACAUUGCUCUCCAUGCCACAUUGAGCAGCCGCGAUGUGGACUGCUGCCUGAUCCCCGAGACUCCCUUCUUCCUGGAAGGUAAAGGCGGGCUCCUCGAGUUCCUUGAGAAUCGGAUCAAGGAGAACGGGCACGCUGUGGUGGUCGUGGCGGAGGGAGCCGGCCAGGAUCUGAUCCCUAGGACCGAGGCGCAGAAGGAAGAGAGGGACGAGUCCGGUAACCCGGUGUUCUUGGAUGUGGGCUCGUGGUUGAAGUCAGAGUUCAGGAGCUGGUGGAGCCGGAGCCAUCCCAACGAGUUGUUCACCGUGAAGUACAUCGAUCCGACCUACAUGAUUCGAGCCGUGCCUGCGAAUGCAGUUGACAACAUGUACUGCACCCUCGUGGCACACUCGGCGAUCCAUGGGGUCAUGGCAGGUUACACCGGGUUCGUGUCUGGUCCGGUUAAUGGGAUCUACGCGUACAUACCGUUGGUCGAGGUCGCGGAGACGAAGAACGAGGUGAAUGUGAAGGAUCAUAAGUGGGCGUGGGUGAGGUCCGUCACCAAUCAGCCUGAUUUCAUUAGGCUGUAG